AUGGACAAAGGGGACAAAACUGACCGAGAGUCGUUUCCGCUCUCUCAGCUUGCUGAAGAGCAGCCACCCGUCGCUCAAGAUGUUCUGAAUGCCCAUCUACCAGAUGCCUCACCUCUCAAUAACAUGGGCAAUAAUCAGGACAACGCAACAAGACCAACUCUAGAAAAGCUGCCCAAGCAACGCACCAAAUUGCGAGUGCCUGCCAAGCAAGACCCAGCUACUGUGAACCUCAAAGACUUCAAAGAGCUCAUGAUUCGGCUUCGCCUCGAUGACUGGAAAGCAAGGGCUCAGAUCGUGCACACUCCUGGUCAGGUUGACGCAACAGCCCUUUGGAGCCCACAGUUCGCUGGCGUCGAAUCAAAUAAACAUGGUAUGAUUUCAUUUGAUGGGUUUGACCGCACCUGGUUUGUUCCGUUUGAUUUGAAUGCGCGGGUACCUUCAGGCAACCAAAGUAUUGUAGAUGAUCUCGACAAGCGCCGUAAGGAGCUCGGCCAUGCGCACCGCGUGAGGGCAACUGGAGACAAAGAGUUUCACGACAAAAUAGUACGCCUCAUCGAGGAUGAGGUCAAGGAGACGUACCAGAGCCAAUGGAACAAAAAUGCCGAAUCGCAUAUGGCACCUACACAGUGGAUCGAUGUCCAGCAGACGUACGACCUUCCUGGGUUGGUCUCCAUGAUAGCUCGAGCUCGACUGGAAGAUGGAAGAGAGUCACUGCCCGGCUACUAUCAAGCCAUAGCCCUUGAAUUGGGGAUCGAUGGCAAGAUAACCUACAAGCGCACCAGUGUGCCGUCCGAUGUCGACGUGAAGGGACUCAUCUCGCGCCUGGAAAGCUGGUACCCCCAUUCCGACGAGCAUAGCAUUGAUGUCAUCAAGCGCUUCAGUCGUAAACUUGAGUUUGUCUCAGAGCACAUCGACGAAGCUCAGAAGCGGAAAUGUCAAACAAUGUACCGACAGUUGGGUCGUUUCGUCGAGACAGAAGGACCCGAGUGCGAGUUAUCUCAGUGGAUAUUCAGGCUAUGGGCCAAGCCUGACUACAGUGUACCCAUCGGAAAAUCACCAGACAGGAUCAGCACAUGGACAAAGCUGAAGGAGGACACAUAUAAAGACCUCCUUGCUGGAGUGCACAUCAACAAGUACCCGGUUUUCGUUCGAAAGAUUCGAGUUCGCCGGUGGUGGUCCGAGUUGACAGAGCUUGAGAAACAAAUCGAAACAAGUCAAGGCGAAGCUGGGUUAUCAGCAGAGCAGCUGGAUUUGUUGGACGAAAUGCUCGCACGCCGCACUGAUGAAGAAAAAGAGCAAGAUGCCAAGUCGAAAGAGGCUCUAGACAUGGCCAAGAUGGCAAUGAUGUGA